AUGAAUUCCUCAGGGACUGUUGUAAGAAAGCAGGAUAGCUUUGAAGAAUCUUUCAGCAAAAUGUUUGUAAGUGUUCUUCUUGGAUUCAUCAUCAUUUGUAUCAAUGGUUCAUUUGUUUUCACUUUCUUUAAAAGCUCAGUUUUCUAUAACAAUCCAAGAUAUAUUUUAUACAUAUAUUUGGUUGUCAAUGACAUGAUUAUGGUUGGUGCCUCUGUGGCCCUCCUUGUAAUGACAUAUACAUGGAAAAAUGUAAGCAUUUCAUUCUGUUGUGUAUUAGUAAUGACAGCUUCAGUCACUCAGAAGAACACACCAUUAAUCUUGUCUGCUAUGGCAAUAGAGCGUUAUAUUGCCAUUUGUAAACCUUUGCAUCAUUCUCAGAUCUGUACAUUGCAUAGAACAUUUAUUCUUAUUAUUUUGAUAUGGGGAAUUGGACUUAUUCCUCCACUUGCAGAUUUGGUUAUUUCUGUCAUCCUGUUUCCUCUGUUCAUUUUUAACACUGUUACUGUAUGCAGUUCAUCAUUUAUGUACAACACUGUUUACCAUGAACAAAGAAAGCAAACUACACAAGUAAUUUACACCUCCUUUGUAUGGAUUGUUCUCAUCUGCACAUAUUGUAGGGUGCUGAUUAUAGCCAGAAAAAUGUCAAGUGACAAGGAAUCUACUAAAAAAGUUAAGAGCACAAUUCUGUUGCACGGAGUACAGCAGUUGCUUUGUAUGUUGUCCUUUACCCCUCCUGUGUUAGACUUAGUUUUUCUUCAUAUUAUGCCUUUUCAAUGGACAAAAAUUAGCUUUUACGCUUACUUGAUAACAAACCUCGUACCACGCCUGCUUAGUCCACUAAUUUAUGGUAUUCGAGAUCAGACUUUUGCCAAACACCUGAAAAAAAAUUUCUCAUGUAGGGUAUUUAUUGCAAAAGUAGGAUCAGACAAAAACAAGGCAAAACAUAAUAUGUUGUUUGUUACAUAA